GUCUUGUCCUUCUAAGCAGGUCACGAAAUUACAAAAAUAUCCGCGUUUUUAUUUUAAUUGCGUCGCGAAGCUUUAAAAAAAUGAGGUUUCGAAAAAAGACCGCUGUUUCGUCGUUUUUCCUGGGACUGUUUAUCCUGGUUUCUCUGGGCGUUUUGCGACACGUUAGCAAAAAUCCGAGGGAAUACAAGAAACUGCUGGUAGAUCUCGGGGGAGCGAUUUGUGCCAUUCCCGGGUUUCGUGUCAACGACUUUUCAUUUUUGCUCAACCCGAACUUCACGCAAAAUGACGGAAAAACCGUGACGAAUUUCAAGAAAUGCCGUGAAAUUUGCAUACCUGGCUACAUCAUCAAUAAUCCGCACAAGUGUGACAAUGUAACCGAGGUAAUCGUGGCCGUUGUAUCUGCACCACGCAAUGAGCUGGAACGUAAGACCAUUAGAGAAACCUGGGGGCGACACCUGGAGUCCAUCUCCAACUCAAGUGUAAUCUUCGCAUUCGGGAAAACAAGCCCUGAAAACCAACGCAUCCUAAGAUCUGAAGCUGACACGUUCGGAGACUUGAUCCAAUUCCAAGUAGAGGAUCGCAAUUUCGGAAUUCACACUUGCAAGCAGCUCCUUGUGAACGACUGGAUCCGAGACUUUUGUCCAGGUGUCGCUCAUAUCCUGGCCACGGACGAUGACUUGUACGUCAACGCGAGACACCUAGUUGACUUCUCGCGUCAGAACCGCGGCCUACGCAACGCGAUGCUCGGCUACACAUCGCCUCAAUCUAUGUGCCGGGACAAAACCCAGGACUUGGACGACUUCCCGACUUACAAAUACCCUUACCCAGUGAAUGCCAGGUUCAUCAUACAGUCAGUUUUCUACAGCAGAGAAACAGCAUUGCGUUUGUCACGCGCAGCCGACACAGCUAAUUUUUGGCGCAUGGCUAGCGACAUGUACAUAUCCGGAGUUCUGGCGGAAAUCGCAGGGAUUGAGCGGAAAACGAACAUGAGGUUCGCUUACUUGUUUGGCGAAUAUGUUUUAAGAAAUAACUUUUCUGACGAGUUCGUUCGCGUGGCUUACAAGAAUGCCAUAGUGAUUUCACACCUAUCGAUUUUGAUGAGCCCUGGAGCAGUGCACAUAACGCCUGCUAUGAUUUAUAAAAUACACGGCAUAUUUUAUCCAGAAUUGACUUUGGAUGAGAGCCCGCACAUGAACUGAAAAAUAAAUCCUCUGAGUGAAUUCGAAAGA